AUGUCCGUAUACAGUGAUUUCUAUCAAGUUGUCUUAGAAGAGCCCACUGUUGGUGUGGAUCCAGAACACAUUCACCUUCCCGUAGCACACGCACACACGCUCACCUUGCCCCCUCCAGUAGUUCCCGUUUCUCCAGUUGCACUUGUGGCAUCUGCCGUUGCUCUCCCAGAAGAUCCUGCGCUGGACUACCUAUUAUGUCGGCACAGAUCACAUAUGAAGUAUCGGAUUUUGAUUACACUUUCCAAUUUUCACGAAAGAAAUUUUACAGUACGGUCAUUACUUUCACCCUCGUACGGCGGCUUACAAGAUGGCAAAGUCUUGUGA